CCAAGACAGCUGGAAUAAGCAACCCUGAGACCACUGGAUGCUGAUAGCUGAGAGCCUCCUUGCCCAUCUGCUUCAUCCCUACACCAAGGACACUUGAGUUCACGGUGGAAAUCCUCUUUCCCUGCAGUAGCCCUUACUGUCUCCAGCUCCUUACAAUCAAAGAUGGACAAAGCCUCACCCUUGUGGGCUGAAUCCCUGCCCAGCCCGUGCCACCACUCUGGCCUGUGCUUGAAACUUGAGACUUUCUAAAUCGCUGCUGGAAAAGGCUUUGAUGCCUCUAUCCGGAGCUGGCCUGGUAAAACAGCAUCCCUGGGACCUUUUCUCCUGCUCUCUGAUGUCCUAGUGACUGUUCAAGAGGCAGCCAAGCUGUGGUGCCAGUGGAUUGUGACCACAGGGGAGCUGUGUUGCAUCUGCAAAUCUCUGCUGUGCAUCAAGAGCACAUCUAAGCAGGAAGCAUCUGGAUCACUCCAUCCCUGCGUCUCCUGCUUCCCUUCCUCCCAGAGACACUGCAGAGACUGAAGAGCUGGAGAGGACCCCGCAGAGGUUUGGAGGUGCACCGUGAUGGUGGGAGCCAUUCCACGGCAGCCACGCCGCUUCUGGGGGGUGCCUUGCUGGCAGGUAUCUUCAGCUGGCUGUGCCAACAACUACCCACUGUGGGACAAGGAGGUCAGUCUGGAGCAAAGUGGGAUUCUGCUGCAGAGAGAUGCUGCACUACAGCACAUCCUGUAGCGGAGGGCUCACCCGCAUGUCCUGAGCGAGGAGUUCCAUCUCCCACACCCUGCCCUCACACCUCGAUCCGUGGCACUUUACUGUCCCCCCUCCUGCUGCUGCAUGGGCUGUUCUGACUCCGGCUCCGUUCGGAGUCCAAUUAAGUGAGGCUCCAUGAGGCACAUCCACGCAGAGACGUCCCGGCCCCCGGAGCAUGGCACGGACCCUAACCGGUCCCGGCCCAGUGGAGAGGCAUCCUUGGAGACUUCCUCUCAGCGGUGCACCCACCGUGGCAUCCUCAUGGGCUACAACGAGACAGAGAUCAAACGCCAGAAGGUUUACCAGGUCUCCAUCUUCUCCCAUCUCUCCAGCUCCUCAGAGAGCACGGAGCCACGAGCGGGCAGCCGGCUGGCAGUCAAAAGGGGUUACCCUGAGCAGAGAACUCCUGAGGGGGGCAGAGAUCCCAAACGAACUCACUGGAGUGGUGGUGGGGUGGAUGGCAAGCGUGAUGGGGGCCCUGGGCAGGCUUCCCUGGAUGAUGAUGAUACCUUUGAGGAUGGUCUGCUGGUGGAGGAGCUCUCCCUGUGUGGCUCUGCUCAGCACUUCUCCCACAGCGGGCUGCGGGUGGUGGAGCAUCGGUGUGAGAGCAGCCUGAGCCACAGCCCCAAGGCCAACAGGGAGAAGAAGUCACAGGAUGUCUCCUCCUCCUCCUGGCCCCAGCACAUUGCUUGCAGUACUUUGCACACGAGAGACGGUUGCCAUGUCUCAUCGGGGGAUCAGUCUACAGACUAUGGAGAAAAUGGGGAGCGAGCAAGUGGCCACAACUUGCUUCACUUUGAUUUGCACAAUAUUGCACAAACAGCCUGGUGGGAAUCUAGUGGAAAGACAGAAAAGCCAGGAAGCAGCCCAGCUCACAGCAGCAGGUCUAGUGGAGAAGAGGAAUGGCCAGUAGUGGCCAACGGGUGCAAGGAGCCCCCAGCUUCUCAGACAGUGCUCAGCCCUGAGCCCAGCAACCUGAGCUCCCCAGAGAAAACACCCUGCCAGCUCAGCAGCAGCAGCAGCAGCUGCACAGCCAAAAGGAAGCUGCUGCCUGCUGGUGAGGCUGUCACUGACUCCUGCUCUGAGGAUGAGAGCCUGUCCCCACCAGCAAGGAAGAAGAAGGUCCUGCCAUGCCACCCCGUGCCCACCUCCUGCCGCAGCACUGAUGCCAAAGGGGCUCCGUUCUGGAAUCACCUGCUUCCCACGGCCAAGAGCUCUGCAGAUCGCACUGCUGCUGGGAGGAGGCUGAAGAGUGGGCUGCGCCUCAAAUCGAGACAUCUCCGAAGCAGCCUCAGAAGAGGCACCAGGUCCUCUGCAGUGCCCUGGAACACCACUACUGUCAGCCAUGCUCUGCUGGGCAACUUUGAGGAGUCCAUCCUCAAAGGGCGUUUUGCACCAUCGGGGAGGAUCGAGGGGUUCACAGCAGAGAUUGGUGCCAGUGGCUCCUACUGUCCCCAGCAUGUCACCCUGCCUGUGGACGUCACCUACUUUGACAUCUCGGAACACAACGCGCCCUCUCCUUUCCUGGGAGUGAUUGAUUUGGAGGCCUUGGGAAAGAAGGGUUACAGUGUCCCCAAAGCUGGAACCAUCCAAGUGACCUUAUUUAACCCCAACAAGACUGUGGUGAAGAUGUUCUUGGUGACCUACGACUUCCAGGACAUGCCAGCCAACCACAUGACCUUCCUACGCCAUCGCAUCUUCCUGGUGCCCGUGGGGGGAGAAGAAGGGGCCACCAUGGCCCCCAGCAACCUGCUGGGGACCAGCCCACCCCGAAAGGUCCUCUGCUACCUGAUGCACCUGAGGUUUCACAGCUCCAAGUCUGGGAAGAUUUACCUUCACGGGGACAUCCGGCUGCUCUUCUCCCGCAAGUUCAUCGAGGUCGACUGGGGGAUCCCCUACGAACUGAAAUCCUUCACAGAGAUGCCAAGGAACCCCUGCUACUCAUCCUGGGCCUGACCUCCCGGGGACACUGUGGGAGCCUCCAGCCCAGCACUUUGGGGAUAAGAAAAGGGCCAGUGAGCAAACACUGCCUUUGAAGUAUUUUUCCCUCCCUGUUCUGAGCAGCACGGAUGCCGUGCCGGUGCCCCGCAGCAGAGCUGGGGUCACCAAGGGGAUUCAGCAGGAGGGGCAGGAGCUGGAGAGCAGCCCUGGUGCUCCAGGGACACGCCCGAGCUUCUGGCAGUGCUGCUUCCAGGUUGGAAACUUGGUGGGAGCCAGGGGAAGGGAGGGAAGAGUUUGGGUGGGGGGCUCCGGGUGGUCAUGCUGAUCCCGGGAUCGGGAGCAGAAAAGUGUGGAGUGUUUUGUAUUUAUUAGUAUUUAUUGUUGCUGGGAGCACAGAGGAGGCACGUGCAGAGGAUUGGAGGUGCUGUGCUGUUCUUCCUGGGGUUUGGGGUAAGGCUGAGGGGACAAUGAAGAGGGCAGAGGAUGCGAGCAUCUUGGGAUACAGAACAGAGGGUGACCCAGGGACAGCUCCUGGGUCAGGGAUGUGUUUAAAAGCCUGAGAGAGGCCAGCAGGUCCUGGGCACCAGCCUGGGGAGGCCUCAAGACAGAGUCCAAGGUGUCUGUGUCUGGCAGUGGCUGUUACCACAGCUCCUGGAGCAAAGAGUGGUGGCAGUCACAGACACAGACUGGGGACCUGGGGCAGUGGGAUGGGAAUGGAGGAUGGGGGCAGAGCCCCAAUUUAGUCCCUGGGAGGAGGGGAAGCAGCAGAUGUCACGGAACAGGACCGGGUGGAUUUUCAGGAGGGGGUGUGGGGGUGACCUGGAGCAAUGCCUGUCCCUGCGGCAGCCUCAGGUGCUGCGGGCUGAACCCAGCGUGGCUCAGAGAGGGAAAAAACCCAGUUUGCUGGAACCCUGCCUGCAUCCCCAGUGACCUGGGCUCUGGGUAACAGCGCAGCUGAGAGGGACGAGAAAGAAG